AUGAAAAAUUUAAUUGAUACACUUUUAAAUAGAAUUGACUGUAUGGAAGAUUACAAUGAAAUUUUAAAAAAUGAUAAAUCGUUCACAACCAACUCAAAUAUAUGCAAAACUAAAUAUAAAAGGAAUAAUAAGUUUAAUGAUUUAAAUCACCCUUCCCAACUUAAAAAAUAUAAUUUUACAGAGAAUUUUUUAAAAUCAAUUCUAUCAGAAAAAUUGGAAGAUAUUUGGUUUCUAAGUGAUGAAUUAGAUAAGAGUGGUCAAAAAAUUGAAAAUCAAAAAAAUAAAAUCUUAAAACAAGUUGAAGAAAUUCAACAACUACGACAACAAUUACAAAUAUUACCACUACAACAACUAUUACUACAAAACCUUCAACAACAACCACUACUACCUCCACAACAAAUUCAACAACCACCUCCACAUUUAGUUAAUGAUUUUCAACCUCCAUCACACCAACAGCCUUAUCAAUCACUUAUCACACAAAACUUAAAUGAAUUAUUAACCCAACCUUAUCAACAGCAACAACAACAACAACAACAACAACUACUACUAAUACAACAACAACAGCUUCUAUUUCAACGUGCCCAACAACCAACUCAAUAUCAAUUACGUCAACUUCAGUAUUCAAACACACCGUUUCCACCCAACUAUGAUCAUUUUAGAUCAUCUCACCCAUAUCUUAUAAUGCCUGAAUUACAACAACAACAACAACAACAACAACAACAACAACAACAACAACAACAACAACAACAACAACAACAACAACAACAACAACAACAACAACAACAACAACAACAACAACAACAACAACAAGCUCAAGAGCCUCCAAAACAAAAUUGUAAUACUACCACUACUUUGCCCAUACCAAUAAAUAUGGAAAUUAACGAAAGUAUAAAAGAAAAGGUUCAAGAAAAUAAUGAAAAACUAAAUUAUAAAGAAAAUGAAAAUAAUAAUAAUAUAGAUAAUAAUAAUAAUAAUAAAAAUAAUAAUAAUAAUAAUAAUAAUAAUAAUAAUAAUAAUAAUAAUAAUAAUAAUAAUAAUAAUAAUAAUAAUAAUAAUAAUAAUAAUAAUAAUAAUAAUAAUAAUAAUAAUAAUAAUAAUAAUAAUAAUAAUAGUAAUCAGGUGGUAAUUGAUGAAAUAAAGGUAGAUAUUGAAAAAGAGGAAAAUCUUCCUGGUGAAAUAUCACAAAAAAUAUCUUCUCUUGUUGUAUUGGAAGAAAAAGAAGAAGAAAAACAAAAAGAAACCAUCAAAGAGUCAUAUCCAAGAUUAUUGAUUAUAAAACAAAGUCAAUUCUUUGAUAAUAUGGUUAAAAUUUUACAAAAGAAAUUAAGUGGUUGCCAAGUUGAAGAGGUUACCAAUAUCAAAGAAUUAGGUUUGAAUGAUUCGAAUUAUGGUAAUGAUCAAUUUAAAAAUGUAUUUAUAUUGUAUGCAGUUUGUCGUACUGGUGCUAGAAAUGACACUGAAAAUGAUGCAAUUAAAAUUCAAUCCAUUCGUUCUACUAUUGGUAAAAAGGUUCCAAUCAUCUAUUGUGCUUUUAUAAUUGGUAAUAUUGGUAUUCCCACAAUCAAAGUUCCCUUCACUAAUCAAUCAAUUAUGAUCACUCAUUCCUUAAGUGAUAUUGGUCGUAAUCAAACAAAUAAUGAAAAUAUUAAAAUUUUACAAUCAAUUUUACAAAAAAAAUAA